AUGCCUUUGGAGAUGGAGCCAAAAGUUAACAAUCUUACCUUUGGGUGUCAACGAAGCUCAACAUCCGAUGACGACUCUGGCUGUGCCUUGGAAGAAUAUACCUGGGUUCCGCCAGGUCUUAGACCAGAACAGGUACAGCUAUACUUUGCCUGUUUGCCGGAGGAGAAGGUCCCUUACAUUAACAGCCCUGGAGAAAAACAUAGAAUUAAACAGCUUCUGUACCAGUUGCCACCCCAUGAUAAUGAGGUGAGAUAUUGUCAAUCUUUAAGUGAAGAAGAGAAGAAGGAACUACAAAUGUUUAGCGCUCAGCGUAAGAAGGAGGCAUUGGGACGAGGAACUAUUAAACUGCUCUCAAGAGCAGUAAUGCGUGCAGUCUGUGAACAGUGUGGUACAAAAGUAAAUGGAGGUGAAGUUGCAGUGUUUGCUUCAAGAGCUGGACCUGGAGUGUGCUGGCAUCCAUCAUGUUUUGUGUGCUCUACAUGUAAUGAGCUUCUUGUUGACCUAAUCUACUUCUACCAAGAUGGAAAAAUUCACUGUGGUAGACACCAUGCUGAACUUCUCAAACCCCGUUGCUCAGCAUGUGAUGAGAUAAUCUUUGCUGAUGAGUGCACAGAAGCUGAGGGUCGCCAUUGGCAUAUGAAGCAUUUUUGUUGUCUUGAGUGUGACACUAUCCUUGGUGGACAGAGAUACAUUAUGAAGGAUGGGCGUCCAUUCUGCUGUGGGUGUUUUGAAUCUCUUUAUGCUGAGUACUGUGAGACCUGUGGGGAACACAUAGGUGUUGACCAUGCUCAGAUGACCUAUGAUGGACAGCACUGGCAUGCCACGGAGACUUGUUUUUCUUGUGCUCAGUGCAAAGCCUCUCUGCUGGGUUGUCCUUUUCUUCCCAAGCAAGGACAAAUUUACUGUUCAAAAACUUGUAGUUUGGGAGAAGACGUUCAUGCCUCUGACUCAUCUGAUUCUGCAUUUCAGUCUGCACGAUCAAGAGACUCCAGAAGAAGUGUUCGUAUGGGAAAGAGCAGCCGGUCAGCUGACCAGUGCAGACAGUCUCUCCUACUGUCACCAGCACUGAAUUACAAAUUCCCUGGUCUUUCUAGCAAUGCUGAUGAUACUCUUUCUCGCAAGAUGGAUGACUUAAGUCUUUCAAGGCAAGGAGCAGGCUUUGUGAAUGAAGAUUUUUGGAAAGGAAGAGUAGAGCAGGAAAUGACCGAAGACCCUGAAGAGUGGGCUGAGCAUGAAGACUACAUGACUCAACUCCUCCUAAAAUUUGGUGAUAAAGGCCUCUUUCAGCAGCCCGCUGAAGUAGAUGUUACAUCAAAUGAACACUGGAUUUCUGAUAAUAUUGUUAAAAGCAAGUCGGAUUUGAAAAAAAAUAAUCAAAGCCUGGCAAGUAAAAAAUAUCAGGCAGACAUGUAUUGGGCCCAGUCACAAGAUGGUUUAGGUGAUUCUGCAUAUGGCAGCCAUCCAGGCCCUGCCAGUAGUAGAAAAAUCCAAGAGUUAGAUAUGGAACAUGUGGCUUCAGGAUACAAACAUGACCAGACACAAUGGUAUGAAGGUUCAUUAGAACGUUUGUCUGAUCUGAAACAACAAGAGCAAAGUGUUCGAGAUUCAAUGGAUUCCUUGGCUUUGUCUAACAUCACAGGAGCUUCAGUGGAUGGAGAAAGCAAAUCAAGGCCAUCUUUUUAUUCUUUGCAAACUUUCCAGGAGCUGGAGGCAGAGGACUGUGAGAAAAUGAGCAAUAUGGGAACUCUAAAUUCUUCAAUGCUCCACAGGAGUGCAGAGUCUUUAAAGAGUUUAAGCUCAGAGUUAUGUCAAGAAAAGGUGUUGCCAGAAGAAAAGCCAGCACACAUGCCUGUACUUAGAAGAUCCAAAUCCCAGUCUAGACCACAACAAGUAAAGUUUUCAGAUGAUGUUAUUGACAAUGGGGAUUAUGAGAGUGUUGAAAUUCGCCAACCUCCAAUGAGUGAAAGGACUCGUAGGCGUGUUUUUCAUUUUGAAGAACGUGGGAAUCGGCAUCAGCAUCGUCGCAGGAGAAGUAGGAAGUCUCGUUCAGACAAUACACUUCAUUUAACUACAGAAAGAAGAUGUUCUCCAAAAGAGAGACUUCACUUUUACUCACCUCAGGAUUAUGGCAAAUUUAUCCAAAAUAAAAGCCCUCAUGAGGUUCAAGCAUACAUUCAAAACACAGAACUCUAUGGACAGUAUGCACAUGCUACAUCUGAUUAUGCACUGCGGAACCAGGCAGUUGGUAAAUUUUUUGGACUGUAUGGUGAGGAAGAAGAGUCUUGGUGUUCAACUUCAUCAUCAUCAUCGUCUGAUUCUGAAGAGGAAGGAUAUUUUCUUGGACAGCCAAUUCCACAGCCACGAUCACUGAGAUACCCCUACUAUACAGAUGACCUUUCCAGUCCAAGCACUGCACUGGCCAGUUCUCAGUUUGGGCAAAGGACAACCAAAUCAAAGAAGAAAAAAGGACAUAAAGGCAAAAACUGCAUAAUUUCUUAA